AUGGCUGCUUUGGUCAAUCAGAGCAAGAAACAGCACUAUGUGCAGGGUGAAGAGGCCAGGCUACAAGCAGACGUGCUUGUGUUGAUGGAAGUGCUGCAGAUGGCAGCCAAGGAACGAGAUGUGGAUCAAGUGUGUCAGGUGCUCAACACUGCCCUUGGUCUUGUGAAACAAAGCAGCAGCGCAGACGCAUUCCUCGCGAAGCUUGGGUUCUUUGCGUACGCAUUGCGGCUCUGUGACAGAUUCUCCGAUCAGGUUAAACUGAGCUCCUGUGUACUUCAGCUGUUCAGAGCAUCCGCCACCAUUGACGACAGCUGCCUCAGACUGCUGGUGAGCAGGGUAAAAGCCCUUCAGCUGAUGCGCGACAAGGAAGGCGUUGCUCUUUUGGGACAACAGGCCGUGGUUCAACAAGCAUGCGCCUCAGAGGUACGACGCGCCCAAUAUGGCCAGGACCUGGUCAGCAUGCUGCUGGAGCGCUGCCUCAUGAUCCGUGCAGAUGACAACGAAGACGUGUGGGCCAUCUGGACACAGCAACUGCGCCUCCUAAUCCAGCUCAUCCAACAACCUUCCGUCAACCCCCAGUUCCAGGAACAGGUGUUGCCACUGGUGGAGGCCAUCUUUGAGGAAGGUUUGCUUCUGCGCACAGAACUGAAGGAGGAAACACGUCUCGACUGUUGUUGGCUUGCUGCCGCUGUGACACAAAACAACGUCAACGUGCAGACUCAGUUAAGCAAACACAUUGUGGAGCAGACGCUCGCCUUCCUCGAGCUCUUGUUGAAGCGGCACUCAAACCUGGCAGCGAGCGCGACAGCUGCGCCGUUGCAGUUCCUCGCCGACGAUGUGGCAGUGGCACUGGGGAAGCAACGCUUGUUUGUGCAGCUGAUGGACAUUGUGGCCUCAAGCUCAGAUGCAGCACAGUUGAUUGAAGCGGCACUGCAAGCAUGGUCACCCAAGACGGAGGCAGAGUGCAAGAUUGUGAUGCAGGCAGUUCGGUCGGCAAGCGGCAGUGACAACGCUGUGCCAGGAGGUGUGGCCGACGGGCAUCAGAGCUGGGUCGUCAUCGUGAGGGCCAAGAGCAAAGAAGUCCGCGAGGCCGCAACUCGCGCUCAGCGGCACCCUUUGCCCAUGUUCUUCCCCACGAGCCGAACCUUUCGCCAGCACCCUCCUCAGCGCGUCCUGGCACCGGCAGCUUCCAGAACAAUGCACGCCGCCCAGUCCCCUUUUCACAUCAACCCUCAACGUCAACAGCAGCAAGAACGCUCGCACCCACUGCACCGGCCGCACAGCCGGGUUGGUCAACACGCACAGCUACAUCGGCUGCUCUGGCUCUCUCCACACAGCCGCCAGCCAGAACCGCAGCUUCGGCAACAACAUCACGCGCGCCAUCAGCCCUGUGCAUCGCCCCGCCUUCGUCCUCGCCUUCCACUGCACGAUUCGUCCGAAACUGAGGAGGAGGCGGCAGAGGAGGAAGACGAUAGCGACAGCAGCCACGGAAGCAGCAAUGCACGUGCGAAGCACGUGCGACAGGUGCAGCCCGCAACCGCCGCGGUCACUCGGGGGAGCAGCGUCUUAACGACCACCGUCAAACCUGCAUUGAUCAGCGCAAAUAUCACCAACGUCAACACAAGCGUCGCCACUGCAGCCCAGCAUCCUGGCUCGCCGGCACCAGCGCCACCGCAGGAACACGUGCGCAGCCCCAGCAGUACCAGCGGCGGCACCAACAGCAGUGAUGUUUGCGGCGGGGCCAGCGGAGACGAGUCAGCGGCGCCAGCAACGCCGCCGACAACACCGUCACCAGCAGCGCCACAAUGUGUAUCUUCACCGCAGGCGCCAUGUCCAGGUGUUGUCGCUCAUGCUGCUGACGCGCCACAAUCACCAACGCUGCCGCUGCUAUCGUCGUCUCCACCAGCCCACCACAGCGGACGAAGGGUGCCCUCGCAGUACAGCGUCAUCAAAAUGCCGAUGCAGGUUCCACGGCUAUUCCUCAGCACGCAGCAGCGCCACAAAAGCAUGUACAGAAGCAACACUGGCUCGCGUGGCCUCGGUGGCACGACGGGACGCCGGCGUCAACACCAGCAGCAGCAACGAGAGGACCGAGGUCGUGGACGCCGUCAGCUACGCCGCCGACGCGUUGCGUUCACGCCACAAGAGGAUGAGUAUAUCCGCCUUGGCGUCAAGCGGUGUGUGUUGACGAGUUGCCUGGCAUGUUGA